UGUUAUUGUUAUUGUUAGAAAAAAUGGAGAUAUCACAUACUGAUAUACCAAAAGAUUUUAAUUUUGAAACAUAUAUUGGUAAUUAUAAAGGCCAUACACGUAUCAUUCGAAGUUUAUUUAUAGCUACCCAAUGUGAUGCACUUUCUAUUGAAGCAUACAAAACAGCCAUUCACGACAUUAAACAAUUAACACUAAAUACAACUAAAUAUUGUCAAACUGUAGACUCUUUAAAUGAUAAAUUACGUAGUCGAGGACAAGCAAUAAUAUCAAUGGAUAAAGAAUGGAUUGCUAAUGUACAGAAUAAGUCCAAAACAAUUUUAGAAACUUUGGAAAAUGAACUUAAAAUAGCCAAACAAAAUGUCCAUAAAGAGAAUAUUAGGACAUGCUAUAUGAAACUAGGCGAUUUUUAUUAUAAAAAAGGGGAUCUUCAGAAUGCAAUGAAGCAUUAUGUUCGUACAAGAGAAUACUGUUCAACAAAUGAAGACAUAUUAGAAAUGUGUUUUAAUACUAUCAAGGUUUAUUUGGAUGAUUGUAACUUUUCCAACGUUAUUCAAACCUAUAUUUCUCGUAUAGAAGCAAUACCCCAUAUACUCGAAAAAGUCAAUAUAAUAUCUAAAUUAAAGUGUUGCCAGGCUUUAGCAUUAUUAGGAUCAGUCACAGCAGAUGAAAUCAGUCGAUAUAAAUCUAUUGCAGCAGCACUCUUAGAUGUUUCCUUUGAAGCUGUUCCUCAACUUAGUGAAAUUAUGUCAGCAAACGAUAUCACUAUCUAUGCUGGUUUAUGCGCACUUGUUUCUUAUGAUCGUCGACAGUUUCAAACAAAAGUCUUAAAUAAUGCAAGCUUUAAAAACUUUUUAGAUGUUGAACCUGCACUUUAUGAUCUUAUUGAAGCAUUUUAUAAAUCAAAGUAUACAACCUGUUUCUAUUUGUUAGACAAAUAUGCACAAACUCUUGAACUAGAUAUUCAUUUACAACCUCAUUUGAAUCAACUCAUACAGCUUGUUCGUGAAAAGGCUAUGGUUCAAUAUUGUAUCCCAUAUAAUGUUAUAGAUAUGAGAAAGAUGGCAGUCGCAUUUAACUUGGAAUUAAAUGAAUUAGAAGAUUAUUUGGUUAUAUUAAUAAGUAAAAAGGAAAAGAUUUCUGCAAGAAUUGAUAGUCAUAGAAAAGUA